GAGCCCGGCCAUGUCCGUCAAGGAGGGGAGCAAGGAGCCGCCGCCGCCUCUCGGCACCAACGACCGGGCCGUUAAGGCUGUCCCUUUUCCACCAACACAUCACUUGACAUCUGAAGAAGUGUUUGAUAUAGAUGGAAAACCUAGGGUUGACAUUUUGAAGAACCACUUAGUAAAAGAAGGUCGGGUAGAUGAAGAAAUUGCACUUAGAAUCAUCAAUGAGGGUGCUGCAAUUCUACGAAGAGAGAAAACUAUGAUAGAAGUUGAAGCCCCAAUUACAGUGUGUGGUGAUAUUCAUGGCCAGUUCUUCGAUCUAAUGAAGCUGUUUGAAGUUGGAGGAUCACCAGCUAAUACAAGAUACCUCUUCCUUGGUGACUAUGUAGACAGAGGUUAUUUUAGUAUAGAGUGUGUGCUGUACUUAUGGGUCUUGAAGAUUCUGUAUCCAAAUACAUUAUUUCUUUUGAGAGGCAACCAUGAAUGUAGACACCUCACAGAAUAUUUUACCUUUAAGCAAGAAUGUAAAAUAAAGUAUUCAGAAAGAGUCUAUGAUGCUUGUAUGGAAGCUUUUGAUUGCCUCCCUCUUGCUGCACUUUUAAACCAACAGUUUCUUUGUGUUCAUGGUGGACUUUCACCAGAAAUAAACACACUAGAUGACAUUAAGAGACUAGAUAGAUUCAAAGAGCCUCCUGCAUUUGGACCAAUGUGUGACUUAUUGUGGUCAGAUCCCUCAGAAGAUUUUGGAAAUGAAAAAUCACAAGAACACUUCAGUCAUAAUACAGUCAGGGGAUGCUCAUAUUUUUAUAGCUAUCCAGCAGUUUGUGAAUUUUUGCAAAAUAAUAAUUUGUUGUCGAUAAUUAGAGCUCAUGAAGCACAAGAUGCAGGCUAUAGAAUGUACAGAAAAAGCCAAACUACAGGUUUCCCAUCAUUAAUAACAAUUUUUUCGGCACCUAAUUACUUGGAUGUCUACAAUAAUAAAGAAGAACCCACUGUGACAUUACCCAGGGUGCAAUCUGGACUGACAGACAGCUCCGUCCCCUCAUUUCUCCAACCUGGGAUGCCUUUUACACUGCUUUGCUGUGAGAGCAACCACUCCUGCUCUGCCUACACCCAGCCUCCAGCAUCUGCUGUGUUAAAAUAUGAAAAUAAUGUGAUGAAUAUUCGACAGUUCAAUUGUUCUCCGCAUCCUUAUUGGUUACCAAAUUUUAUGGAUGUCUUUACGUGGUCAUUGCCAUUUGUUGGAGAAAAAGUAACAGAAAUGUUGGUGAAUGUUCUGAGCAUUUGCUCUGAUGAUGAAUUAAUGACAGAGGGAGAAGAUCAAUUUGACGUAGGUACAGCUGCAGCACGAAAAGAAAUAAUCAGAAACAAAAUACGUGCAAUUGGCAAGAUGGCAAGAGUUUUCUCUGUUCUGAGGGAGGAGAGUGAAAGUGUGCUGACACUCAAGGGUUUGACUCCCACUGGAAUGUUACCUAGUGGAGUGUUGGCCGGAGGACGACAGACUCUGCAAAGUGCGAUACGAGGAUUUUCUCCGCAACAUAAAAUCUGCAGUUUUGAAGAAGCAAAAGGUUUGGAUAGGAUCAAUGAGAGAAUGCCACCAAGAAAAGAUGCUCUUCAGCAAGAUGGUAUUAAUUCUGUAAACACAACAAAUGCCAAUGGAAACAAUGGAACUGGCAACAACAAUGUACAGUGACCACACCAACUUCUGGUUUUACUCGUAUGUCUUGCCUGAGAAUUCCUAGAUUACUGCUUUUUGACAUGACAACAGAUGAAAUAGCCAGGGGAUCAAUCAGUCAAACUGACUUCUUAAUAUGAUGUGGAAAACAUAACUUGAUCCCGCUGAAGAUAAACCAUCAUGCUUUUGAGGCAACAGCCUCUCUCUAUAAGUGAUGACGGAACAUCUAUGCAGUUUAACUGGAAAUAGUGAUG